CGUUUACAAAAUUGGAAACCGAUGCCGUUUUGAGAAUCGUAAAGUUCUCUGCUUUAGGUCAAUCUCUCUCUCUCUCUCUCGCCACGGCGACUCACUGUGUGGAGUUCGAUAGUUCAGACAAAAUCUCGAAGCUUUCAAAUUUGGGCAUCAUGACGGAGUAUAAGGAGGAACAGGAGAUGGAGAUUGAAGCUCUCGAAUCUAUUCUUGCUGAUGACUUCAAAGAGAUUCAUUCUAGUGAAAGUGGGCUUAAUACUUCAAACCGAUGCUUUCAGAUUACAGUGACUCCUCAGGAUGAUGAUCUAGAGGAGUCAUCAUCAAUUCCACCAGUUCAGCUGGGUUUGGUUUUCUCCCACACAGAAAAUUACCCGGACGAGGCACCUCUUUUGGAUGUUAAAAGUAUUCGAGGAAUCCAUGUUGGUGACCUCACCAUCUUAAAAGAGAAGCUUGAACAAGAGGCAAGUGAAAAUCUUGGUAUGGCCAUGAUGUAUACAUUGGCCUCAUCAGCAAAGGACUGGUUGUCUGAACACUAUGGGCAAGAUGAUGGGGAUGACUAUGCCGAGGAAGAAGCUGCCAAAGAGGAUGAGGUUAUCGUUCCUCAUGGAGAACCUGUUACGCUGGAGACAUUUGUGGCAUGGAGAGAGAGAUAUGAAGCAGAGCUUGCACUUGAACGUGCCAAGCUGAUGCCGGAGUCUGCUCUUACGGCUCCUAAGGAGAAGAAGCUUACAGGAAGACAGUGGUUCGAGAGUGGCAAAGCGAGAGGAACAGUGGUCACUGCUGAUCAAGAAUCCGAGGAGGAAGAUGAUGAAGACAUUGACUUUGAAGACGAAGACUUUGAAGAUGAUGAAGAAGACAUGCUUGAGCACUAUUUGGCGGAGAAAUCUGAUGCAAGGGCCUGAAGCUAGGGAGCCUUAUAUAAUGGUUGUUAGAGCUCUUUUCUGGAUAGAGAUCAUGAUGCAAGAGACUGACCAGCACUCAAUCUCCAUAUCCACAGUUUUUUCCCAGCUUUGAUCUGCUCAAGAGUACCUGGAGACUUACAUUUGUCUUUAUCUUAUAAAAUCACCGUCUGUUCAUUUAUAAGAACAAAUUAUAAGAGAAUGCUACUGUUUUUGUAACUUCUUUUGUUUAGGAUCAGCGCCAAUCAGAUCAAAUCCUAAAGGACAAACAGUUGAAUCUUA